GACGCUCCGAAGAGAGUACGGAGAUUGGAAAUACGACCGUUUUUAACCGAGAAAAUCACCUCCUCUUCGCAUGUUACAAUGUGGUGGGGUUAGCCAGGGCCACCGCACGCACAGCCUUUUAGACGAUGUUUGCAGAGGCCAGUCUGUCCAUCUGGGGAUGGGGGGGUCUUGGAGUCGUGCUGUUCCUCGUCACCUUUGGACCCUUUGCCAUAUUCUACCUGGCCUUUUAUAUAUUCUGCUUCAUUGGAGGGGGCUUUGCGGUCACUCUGCUCUAUGGAAAGAUCAACUCAGAGAAACACCUGGAAAAGUGCGAGCAGUCUUACUUGCCACCCACACAAAUUGGUAUACUAAAGACAUUGGAUGAAAAGAAGCUGGAGAUAAAGCCUAUAAAGAUUGACAGGAGACUAACAGGCUCUAGUUUCAUAGAUGAACCACUACAACAGGUGAUCCAGUUUGCUCUGAGGGAUUAUAUCCAGUACUGGUACUACACUCUGAGCGAGGAUGAGUCCUUUUUAUUAGAGAUCAGACAGACGCUGCAGAAUGCCCUCGUCCAGUUCUCUACACGGUCCAAAGAGGUGGACUGGCAGCCUUACUUCACCACUCGCCUGGUGGACGACUUUGCCACCCAUUUACGUGUCUUUAGAAAAGCCCAGGAUCGCCUCGCGGACAGAGAGGACAAGCAAAGGGACAUAACGGAGGAGCUGGUGGACUCCUUCUUUGAGGCCGAGGUGGAGAUGGAAAGGAAGAUUUGUCGGGACGUAGUGUGCACUUCACACAAAGAUGAAGAAGGUUUUCUUCGGGACUUGUGUGAGCUGCUUCUGUAUCUGUUACUACCUCCUGGAGAUUUCCACAACAAGAACAUGAGAUACUUCCUAAGGGAGGUGCUGGCUCGCGGUGUUCUACUUCCUCUGAUCAACCAGCUCAGCGACCCAGACUACAUAAACCAGUUUGUCAUCUGGAUGAUACGGGACUCCAGCUGUAAUUAUGAAGCCUUCAUGAACAUCCUGAAGAUGACAGACAAGCCUUCUGAGCUGGAGGCCGUCAAGGACAAGGUGCUAGAGGAGCUGCAGUACCUCCGCUCUCUGGACACUGCGGGAGAUGACAUCAAUGUGAUCAAGAACCAGAUUAACAGUCUUCUGUUUGUGAAGAAGGUGUGUGAGACCAGGAUCCAGAGACUACACUCCGGCAAGGAGGUGGAUGCCUUGAAGCUGGCAGCCAACUUUGGCAAGCUGUGUGUUAUCCCACUGGAUCACAUCCUCAUCCACAACAUAGCCCUGCAGUUCUUCAUGGACUUCAUGCAGGCAGCGGGGGCCCAGGCGGAGCUGUUCUUCUGGCUCACUGUGGAGGGCUACAGGGUGACGGCACAGCAGCAGCUGGAGGCCAUGAUGGGCUGGCAGAAAGAUGGCAAGAAACAGCCCAGCGCCACCAAGGGGCUGCUGAAGGCCGCUGCACUGGGUGUUUUUGAACAAUACCUCUCGGACAAGGCGUCCCCCAGGGUGCAGGUGGACGAAGCGUCCGUAACAGCACUAGGGGAGAAGCUACAGAAAGACGACCCCACCCCAGAGAUAUUUGAUGACAUCCAGAGAAAUGUGUAUGACAUGAUGCUACGUGAUGAGCGCUACUACCCCUCCUUCAAGCAGAGUCCUCUCUACGUCCGCAUGCUAGCAGAGCUGGACAUGUUGAAAGAGCCAAGCUACCGGGGCUCCGAUGACGGUGACGGAGAAUCCUUCAAUGGUUCUCCCACAGGAAGCAUAAACCUAUCUUUGGAUGACUUGUCCAACUCCUGCCAUGAUGAUACUAUGCACCUACAUGCCUUCAUCUCCGACACAGGGGUUUGCAACGACCACGGUAAGACGUACGCGCUGUACGCUAUCACUGUGUUCAGACGCACCCAUGACGGCAAUGAGGACUGCUGGAAGACUUAUCGCCGCUACUCGGACUUCCAUGACUUCCAUAUGAGGAUCACUGAACAGUUCGAGAACCUGACGUCGAUCCUCAAGCUGCCAGGGAAGAAAACCUUCAACAACAUGGACAGAGACUUCUUGGAAAAGAGAAAAAAAGACCUCAAUGCUUACCUACAGUUGCUGCUGAACCCAGAGAUGGUGAAGGCCUGUCCCACUCUGAUUCCUUAUGUCUAUGAUUUCCUGGAGAACAAGGCCUACAGCAAGGGCAAGGGAGAGUUUGCACGCAAGAUAGACACAUUUGUAAAUCCUCUGAGGAGCUCCAUGAGAAACGUGUCCAACGCGGUGAAGGCCUUGCCUGACAGUCUGGCUGAGGGCAUGACCAAGGUCUCUGAUAACAUGGGCCGUAUGUCAGAAAGACUGGGUCAGGACAUCAAACAGUCCAUACUCAAGGUGCCUCCUCUCCUCCCCAAGACCGACAUCGACCCUGAACACUGUCGAGUCUCUGCUCAGCUCGAUGACAAUGUGGAUGAUAACAUCCCGCUGAGGGUAAUGCUGCUACUGAUGGACGAAGUGUUCGACCUGAAGGAGAAAAACCAAUGGCUGCGCAGGAACAUUAAGAACCUGCUGCAGCAGCUCAUCAGGGCCACUUAUGGAGACACCAUCAACAGGAAAAUUGUGGAUCAUGUGGACUACUUGACCUCACCUGAGCAGGUUGCAGACUAUGUCAAAAAGUUCAGGGAUUCCUACUGGCCCAACGGUAUUCUGGCUGAGACGCCGCCCCGUCGAGACAAAAGCAUCCGGAUGAGGACCAGAAUAGCUGCCAAGACCAGUCUGCUGGGCAUCAUGCCAGACGAGCUGAAGCACAUCAUCGGAGCAGACACCACGAGGAAGGGCAUACUGCGCGUCUUCGACAUGUUUCAAUACCAACCCAUGAACCGUCGGCUAGUCUACGUUUUCCUGGAGGGCUUCUUGGAGACGAUGUUUCCCCAGUACAAAUUUCCCGAGCUCUUUGUCAAGCUACACUCCCGCUCGCCACGCAUCCACAGAUAUGGCCAGAAACUCAAAACCGCCUCCCUCAAGAGGUGACAGGAGAGGACGGAGGCAGCGGGACAUGGGCCGACUAGACACACACAGACUUGAGAGCUAAGAGUGAGAGUGGGGGGGCUUGAACGUCGAGGUAUGUGUGUGAUUUCUGCCCUUCCACUUCUCUCACACACUCUUUUCAGUGAAAACACUCCAAUUGUUUCUAAUUAUUUCUGUCAAGACAGAACUGAAGGAUGAACAACAAACACUCUGCCCUCCUCUCACUCGGUGACACACACACACACAUGCGCAAACACAAAUCCUGUUAUUUGCACCAAGACUGGACAUGACAGUCUUCUCUUUAAGUUUAGAUAUUUUCGUCCUCCUUUUUCUUUUUUUUUUGGGACUUUUCAGUUGUGUUUAGCUUUAUCAUGGGCCAGUCAAUGCUGCUUUCUCCUGGUCCAGAGAGCAGACCACAAAUACUGUAUUGUUUUUAAACUGCAGGAGUAGAUAGCAUACACCCACACCUUGCCUUACCUUCCCGCUUCUGUCUUUUGGCCGGCACUUUCUACCAUCUCAGUGACCCGGCCCCUCAGCUGUAGUCAAACUUUACCCUCAUGCUGUAGACAUUUUAUCUGCAAAAGCUGCACACUUGUAAGCGCGCAAACAAUAUUUUGUUUUCAUAGCAACCAAAUAUGUCAAUAGCACUGGGUUAAAAAGGCGCUGUUUUUAAAAUGUGACCGAACAAAAGAAAGAAAGAGAUGAUUUAGAUUUUUAUUGUCUGCAUUUUUUCCAGCCUCAAUGCCUCUUUUGAGACAUAAUGAGACUUUUCUUUUUCUUUCCAAAGUGUUACAUCGUCUGUACCACCCAUGAUCCUCAAAGAAUAUUUCCACGUCCCCUUUAAUGCUACUGUCAAAACCUGUGACGACCAAAGCUCAUGCUGUUCCAUACGUGUGUGUGCACUGGUUUGAUGUCCGGAUACUCUGAACAUUACUGUGCUUCAUGUCCUUAAUCAUGUGAGGAAAGAGAAUGCAAAGUCGACCUUUAAUGACCUAAAAGGUGAGGCUGUGAGCGGACACACUGAAGUGUGCUACAGUUGUGGGAGGUUCAGCUCUGGCUGUCCAAGCGCACUAUCAAAGAAUGUACUCUCUGGUCUAGUGUAUUUGGCUUGUGUAGACUUACGUGUGUGUGUGUGUGUGUGUGUGUGUGUGCGUGUGCGUGUGUGUGUGUGUGUGCGUGUGCGCGUGUGUGUGCGUGUGCGUGUGUGCGUGGCACGAAGAUGCAACCCUCUUCAGUCAAUCUGUGCCAGUGUGAGCUAGUGAACCAGCCUUAAAACUAUAUACUGACCAAGAGACGCACGCUGGAGAUAGCUCUCCUUCACUCGACUGAACGUUACAAGAAAAUCAAGAUAGAGAUAUGGAGAUAUAUCCCUAAUCACUUUUAUUCAGAGAUGUCUUUAAUUUUGUGCAAUAUUUUUUUCUUUAAUGCAUGUGCAUUUUGAAUCAUUGUAUACUGAAAAAAGUAAUUCAUAUUGUUUUAAUCGUAGAAAACAUGAAAGAAGUUCCCCAGAAAUGUCUUCUUAUCCCAACAACUUAACAUUCCGUUGUUGUAAAAGUACAAUGUUUAUUUUACAGACUUGUUUUAUAAGUCUGAGUUUGUUUUGUUGUGUGUGUGUGUGUGUGUGUGUGUGUGUGCGGGGAUAUUUUACACUUAUCCCUCAUGCAUUCGUACAGAAUCUGUGUUUUGGUAUGGAUGGGGCAGUGGUAGGGGUUUUUCUGUGUCCGAUGAUUAGCUCAUUGGGCUAUAGGUAGUUCAGAGGCGGCCUCAAACAACUGUUUCUUUUUAACUCAUAAGUGGCAUUUUAUGCAUUCAAGCUUGUUCUGUUGAGUGUGAACAAAUCUUUGUUGUUAUUAACUGACAGCUGGAGGGACCGCACCCCCCCCUCUCCUCCUGUCCAACGGGCUCACAGGAGAGCCCUGUCCUGUGACCAAUGGAAUCACUGCUAAUGAGCACUUACAGUAGCAACUGUGGGAGGGCCUCUCCCAUUGGCUGGACGGAGCCCCAUUCUGCUGCGGUCAUUGGAUGGAACUCCCUCGUCUGCUUUGAUUUGCUUGCACUAAGCAGCUCUGGUGGACUCUGAUAGGCUGAGCAGGAAGACAUGAACUGGAGCCUCGCUCACUGGGAGGUGAAUACUUUGUUCCCACGGUGGAGGAGGUGUCACUUUUAACUUUCUGCACAUCUCUCCAUACAGGAAGGCUUGUCUUUUUUUUAACCCCAGUAUUUAUGAAUCUAUAAUGAAAAUUGUGCAUAUCUGUGUACAGUAUGUGUUAAUAGUGUGCCUAAAUGUACUGUCAACUCUAUUUUCAUAUUUUUCUUUAACCUAAAAAAAAUCAAUCAGAAUGUCAUGAUCAUUUUACGCGACUGAAAAUGACUUUAGGGUGUUUUUUUGCAUCAUGCUUAUCAAGCUCUUCCUUGUGAGCAACUGUGCUCAGAUCAGUAUAACACUAAUAAAAGGUAACUCAGA